AAAAUGACGGACGGUGUGGAUUGCAUAGUUCUGGAAUUUGACAAAAAAGAUAAAUGGUAUAAUGCCGGCGAUACUGUAACUGGUAAUGUUCAGGUGAUAUGCCUGGAGACUACGAAGUUCAACCAGCUUGUUCUUUGUCUCUGUGGGAAGUUGAAGAUAACCUGGAUAGAGUCCAGUGCAUCUGGGAAUAACGUUCUGAGUGAUACAAUUCCCUACCUUUACCAGCAAAUUGUUAUCAGAGAGGCAAUUAGCCGGGAUAAGAUGUCUCAGUGGAUUUUCCCUGGCAAAUGGACUUAUCCAUUCUCCUUCGAGCUGGAUCCACAUCUUCCACAUUCACUUGAUGAUGCUAAGUAUGGAUCGAUGCACUAUCAGGGAUGUGUAAAGCUAUAUAUGCCAGGAGCUCGGGAAUCUGAUUCUUUGGAGGAAGGAUUCUUUGUCAGAGCUAAUGAUGAUGAACACUCCCAGCAAGCAAAUGAAGACAACCUUCCCAAGGAGAAUGUGGAGUAUGGAAAAAUCAAGAAGAUCUUCAGCAAGCCGAAGAACCUGGAGGUUGUUGUCAAACUAAAGAGGAAUAUUUACAAGCCAGGGCAGACUAUAAGACCAGUAGUUGAAGUAUUCCUUGAAAGGGGAGCAAGUGCUUCUAUUGAUACUGUAACCUGCUGUUUAGUCCAAGAGGCAGUAUUUACUGUUAAUAUAGAUCAAGAUGACGAGGCGAAGAACAAGGAGGUGAUGGUCUGGGGUUAUGCUGAGCAGAAGCAGGCUAUCAAGGCAGGAGAGCUGAUUACCUUCAAGGAUUUGAGGGUUAAGAUUGACGAGAAUAUCCAACUUACUGGAUAUCCAGGAACAGAUAAUAUAGAUAUCGGAUACUUUAUACAUGCAGUUGCUAAAACUCCGAAG